AUGACCAUGAUAGAAAGAGUAAAAGAUAAAAGACCAGUAGAAAUUUUUGAAAUGUUCUUCACAGAUGAUCUAGUAAAUCACAUCGUACAGCAAAGUGUAUCUUAUGCAACUCAAAAUAAUCGUCACCAAUUUACGCUCUCUUCAGACUGCUUCAAAAAAUUUUUGGGAUUUUUACUGUUAACUGGAUAUCACUCUUUGCCUCAAGAGCAGAUGUAUUGGUCAGAAGAAGAAGAUAUAGAUAUUGGAAUUGUAAGGAAAUGUAUGUCGAAAAAUCGUUAUAUUGAAAUAAAAAGAAAUCUACAUUUCAGUGACAAUACAAAUAUACCACUAAUAAAUGGAAACAAAGACAGAUUAUUUAAAAUACGACCAAUCUUGGAUGAGCUGAAUAAAGCAUUUAUGCAGUUCGGCGUAUUUUCGUAUAACAUAUGUAUUGAUGAACAAAUGGUACGUUAUUAUGGUCAUCAUUUUCUAAAGCAGUUUAUUAGAGGAAAGCCCAUUCGCUUUGGGUUCAAGCAAUGGGCAAUGUGUUGUGGUGUGACCGGAUAUUGCUAUAAUGCUGACAUCUAUGAAGGUAAGCCAAGUAGAAUUUCAGAAGAAGAUAAUUUAGAAGGAGAUACUUAUGGAUUAGGUGUGUCAGUAAUAUUGAAUAAGAUAGCAACCAUAGACAAACCAGAGGAACACUGCUUUUAUUUCGAUAAUUUUUUCACAAGUUUUGAUUUGCUGAAAAAUCUAAAAGAGAGAAAUAUACCUGCGACAGGAACGGUGAGAUGUAAUAGGAUGAAUAAGUGCCCUAUAAAAACAGAUAAGGAAAUGAAGAAAGAAUUUAGAGGGGCUUUUGAUUAUAGAUAUGAUGAAAUAAAUGGAAUAGUUGGUCUUGUUUGGAAAGAUAACAGCAUUGUUAAAAUGUUAUCAAAUCAUUUGGAAGUUUUACCUUUGGGACGUGUGCCGAGAUGGUCUAGGGCUGAGAAAAAAAAAAUUAAUUCCACAACCCACCAUGCCAUUAUAAAUUACAAUAAGAACAUGGGAGGUGUUGACAAGCUUGACUGGAAUGUACAAAAGUAUAGGAUAAAAAUUAGAGGCAAAAAAUGGUACUUUCCUAUUUUCACUAAUGCAGUGGAUGUGGCUCUAGUUAAUGCUCAUACAAUAUAUUGUAUUGCUAAUGGAAAAAUUCCGCUAUUAAAUUUCAGACGAGAAGUUGCACGGUUCUAUUUGAAUUUACAUUCCGUGUCUGACCCGAAAAAUUAUGGACGACCAUCGUACAGUGUGAGUUCACAGAAGCGCGUACCAGAAGACGUAAGAAAAAAUCCUCAAGGACAUUAUUUAGAAAGAACAUUGGACGGAAAACAAAGAAAAUGUGCGGUUUGUAAAAAAAAUUUUCGGGAACAGUGCGUGAAGUGUGAUGUAGGAUUACACGUACAAUGUGUUAUUUCAUGGCACUCUUAA